AGAUAUAUAGAACCUAGCUAGCUAUAUUAAAACAUCAUCAUUAUUCAUCAAUCUCUCUCUCUUUUACAAGAAAAGAAAAAAAAUGGGAGAAAGAUUAGUGAUGAGCAAGGCAAAGCCUUAUUUGCUAACUGUGGGGCUUCAAUUUGGAUUGGCAGGAACCUACAUAUUCUCCAUGGCCAGUCUCAACCAUGGAAUGAGUCGUUAUGUCUUUGUUGUUUAUCGCAAUCUCAUUGCUGCUAUUUCCCUCGCUCCCUUUGCAUUCUUUUUUGAAAGGAAGGUUAGGCCAAAGAUGACACUCUCUGUCUUUAUUCGAAUAUUGGUUCUCGGGCUUCUGGAGCCAGUGAUAGACCAAGGAUUCACUUUCUUAGGGAUGCAAUAUACUUCAGCUUCAUUUGCAUCUGCCAUUAUGAAUGCUGUUCCAUCCGUUACCUUUGUCCUAGCAGUCAUUUUCAGAAUAGAGCGAGUAAACGUGAAAGAGGUGCGAAGCCUAGCAAAGGUGAUUGGGACAUUGGUAACGUUUUGUGGCGCAUUGGUGAUGAUACUCUACAAAGGACCUAUUAUGAACCUUUUUGGUUCUUCACACGCAAUCCAUGAUGAUAAUCAUCACCACCAUGAUUCAACUCACUCCACUCAGAGCCUCUCUCAUUGGGUCUCUGGAACUCUCUUUCUUUUUCUUGGUUGUGUCGCUUGGUCAUCCUUCUACGUGUUACAGUCUGUAACGUUGAAAAGUUACCCGGCCGAGAUGUCAUUGUCGUCCUUGAUAUGCUUGGCGGGUGCUUCGCAAGCCUCCGUCGUGGCUGCGGUGGCCGAGCAUCACUCCGGCGCUCGCCCUUGGAUCGUUGGUUGGGACUUUAGGCUUUAUGGUCCUCUUUACUCGGGUAUAGUUAGCUCAGCGAUUGCGUAUUACGCGCAAGGGUUGGUGUUACAAAGCAAAGGCCCAGUGUUUUUAACGGCAUUUAAUCCCCUUUGCAUGAUCAUUGUUUCCGUCUUGGGCUAUUUUCUUCUCUCAGAGACUCUUCACUUGGGCAGUAUCAUAGGAGCAAUUAUUAUAGCAGUGGGUCUUUAUUCUGUGGUGUGGGGUAAAGGAAAAGACAAUUCUGACCCCACUAUGACGCCGACCACAACAACAACUAAGCAAACAGAGUUGCAACAAAAACAACUCCCAAUUACAUCAUCCGAUAUCUAAUUACAGAUUUCCUAGAAGGCAAUCUUAAUUAACUGAUCCAAUUCAUGCAAGUGACAAAAUAAUUGAGCCAUUUUUAUGGAUCCUGUGCUUUUUGUUGCCAUGAAAAAUCUAGCACUGUUGUUAGGUUGUAUUAUUUAUGCUUGUGGAUUCUUAGCAUAUAAUCGUGAUCAUGAUUAGAUUGCUAAUGGAGGGAAUGUUCUUGAACAAUUAUAUAAAUCAGCAAGAAAAUUACAUUUGUACUUUC